CCCCUCCCGAGGUGCCGCCAGCACCAGCCUCGCCGCGCGGCGUUCCCUUUUCUCCGGCCUGCCGGCGGGCCCCGGGCGCGGCCGCGCGCCCGCUCCCCCGCGGGCGCGGGCGUGAGCCGCAGGAGCCGCGGCGUGGCGCCCCGCCGUCCAGAGGAUGGCGACGAGCACGAGCAGGAGGAGGACGAGGAUGGCGACGAGGACGAGGAAGACGAGGGAGGCCAGAGGACCCGAAAGCACGCAGACAGAACGCGGAGUUCUGGCUCUCUCGGGCUCAGAGGGCGGCCCCAGAGGGUCACCAGAGCCUGUCCACGUCCAGCCAGUCGAAGCUCUCGUCGGCCACGUCGCCCCGAGGCAGGGCCACCUCGUCGGGGUCCGCCCCGAUGAGCUCGUCGUCGCUGUCCGCCACGUCCAGCGCCGGCCCCACCGACGCGCACAGCUGCGAGGCCAGCAGCGGCACUGGACCGGCCGCUAAGCCAGCGGCCGGAGGCGCCGACACGCCGGGCGCAUGCAUGCCAGCGGCCUUUGCGCGCCGGGCGCCCCCGCGGGCUGGCCCGCCCGCAGCGCCGCGGAGGCGGGG